UAUGUGCGUGCGUGUGCGCGUAUUUGACUGCGCCGGCUUCGUGCGCUGUCGCCCCUGCUGCUCGCCCAGUCUUCUGCUGCACAUCCACGGCGGAGCUCGACGCCGAGGAGGCGGACGGACCGGAGCUACACCUCGGCCAGCGGUGCUGGGUGGAGGUGCGCUGGUGAGGGGGGGUAGCAUACGACCCUCCUCGCCCUUCCCAAAAUCGAGGACCCGGCUUGUCCUGGAGUGACUGCGUUUUUCAAAUUAUCACCUUUUUGUCGUGGUUGAGUGUAGCGCACUUUUCACCGCGGCCCCUCUCCCAGUUUGCGCUCACUGUCCGACAUGGAAGAUGGUCCGUCUUCGACAAGCUGUUUCAGAAGGUUAACGGACUGCUUCCUGGGUGCAAGCUUGACAGAUGAGAAAGUGAAGGCCUACCUCUCUCUGCACCCGCAGAUGCUGGAUGAUUUUGUGGUGGAGAGCGUGAGCGCUGAGACGUUGGACAGAUGGCUGAAGAGGAAGACCAGCAGCAGGCCUGCAGAUGACACGUCAUCUAAAGAAGUCAGCAGGUACCAGGAUGCAAAUAUGCAGGGUGUUGUGUAUGAGCUCAACAGCUACAUGGAGCAGCGCUUGGACACUGGAGGGGACAACAAGCUGCUGCUCUACGAACUCUGCAACAUCAUUAAAACAGCAACAAAAGCUGAUGGAUUUGCACUUUACUUUUUGGGAGAAUGCAACAAUAGUUUGUGUUUGUUCACCCCAACAAGAUCCAAGGAUGGUCCCCCAAACCUCGUCCCAUCUGGCCCCAUCGCGUUCGGGACAACCAUUGCAGCGCAUGUUGCCAAGACUCGCAAAACAGUUUUAGUAGAAGACAUCAUGGGGGAUGAACGUUUCCCAGAUGGCACAGGGCAGGACUCAGGGAUCCGCGUUCAUUCUGUCUUGUGCCUCCCUAUCCUCACUGCCAUUGGGGACCUCAUCGCCAUCCUGGAGCUGCGUCGGCACCGGGGGAAGGAGCCCUUCAAUCUCAGCCACCAGGAGGUUGCAACAGCAAACUUAGCGUGGGCGUCAGUCGCCAUCCAUCAAGUGCAGGUGUGCCGAGGCCUCGCCAAACAGACUGAGCUCAAUGACUUCCUAUUAGAUGUGUCAAAAACAUACUUUGAUAAUAUUGUGGCAAUAGAUUCGCUACUUGAACACAUUAUGAUAUAUGCAAAAAACCUGGUGAAUGCCGACAGGUGUGCACUCUUCCAGGUAGAUCAAAACAACAAAGAACUGUAUUCCGACCUGUUUGAUAUUGGUGAGGAGAAAGAAGGCAAGCCAGUCUUUAGGAAAACCAAAGAAAUUAGGUUUUCCAUAGAGAAAGGAAUAGCCGGCCAAGUGGCUCGGACAGGGGAGGUCUUGAAUAUCCCAGAUGCCUAUGCAGACCCGCGGUUUAACCGAGAGGUGGACCUAAAAACCGGUUACACCACGCGGAACAUCCUGUGCAUGCCCAUCGUGAGCAGGGGGACUGUUAUCGGAGUGGUGCAGAUGGUGAAUAAAUUAAGCGGUAGUGCCUUCACUAAAACAGAUGAGAACAACUUCAAGAUGUUUGCUGUCUUCUGUGCCCUGGCCUUACACUGUGCAAAUAUGUACCAUCGAAUUCGCCACUCCGAAUGCAUUUACAGAGUGACAAUGGAAAAACUGUCUUACCACAGCAUCUGCACCUCAGAAGAAUGGAAAACACUCUCUCAACUCAACCUUCCCACGCUCAUUUAUAAAGAGAUCGAAAUGUUUCACUUUGACAUAAGUCCUUUUGAGGAGAUCUGGCCUGCAGUUUUCAUCUACAUGGUUCACAGCUCCUGUGGAAAGACCAGCUUUGAGCUGGAGAAGCUGUGUCGAUUCACCAUGUCUGUACGCAAGAACUACCGGCGUGUACCCUACCACAACUGGAAGCAUGCUGUGACCGUGGCUCACUGUAUGUACGCCAUCCUACAAAAGACCCCUGGGACGUUCACAGAGCUAGAGGUCUAAAAAGGACUCUUAGUAGCCUGCCUGUGUCAUGAUCUGGACCAUCGAGGGUACAGCAACACAUAUUUGCAGAAGUUUGACCACCCCCUGGCUGCUCUCUACUCCACCUCCACUAUGGAGCAGCACCACUUCUCUCAGACUGUCUCCAUUUUGCAGCUGGAAGGGCACAAUAUUUUCUCCAACCUGAAUUCCAGCGAGUACGAGCAGGUGCUAGAGAUCAUCCGGAAGGCCAUCAUUGCCACAGACCUGGCCCUUUACUUCAAUAACCACCAGCAGCUGUCAGAGCUUCUCACCUCGGGUGUGCUGGACUUCAACAACCACUCGCACAGGGACCGUGUGAUUGGGCUGAUGAUGACAGCAUGUGACCUGUGUUCUGUAACCAAGCAAUGGCAGAUCACGCGACUCACAGCGAACGACAUCUACGCUGAGUUCUGGGCCGAGGGAGAUGAAAUGAAGAAGAUCGGGAUGCAGCCCAUCUCAAUGAUGGACCGAGACAAGAAGGAUGAAGUUCCUCAAGGCCAAGUGGGCUUCUACAAUGCUGUAGCAAUUCCAUGUUAUACGACUCUAGCAGACCUUUUCCCUCCAUCCAGUCCACUUCUAAAAGCGUGCAAGGAGAACUUGGGCCAAUGGGAGAAGAUUGCGCACGGUGAGGUGGAGGAUGUUGUUCCGAGCCGACCCUCUGAUUCAGGUCCUGUCAAGGUGGACAACUGACGACCAAAGUGCUGACUGUCCAUUGUCAUGAGUUCAACCGGAACCCUGCCGCAGUCACGAAGGGUUUUUUUUUGUUUGUUUGUUUUUUUUUGGGGGGGGGGGGGGUUGCAGGAGCAGAAGCUCAGCAAAAAGGCGCCUUGACUGAACAAAACAAACACAAGUUACCUCAAUGGGUGACUGAGGUGUCAAAGCUGAUGGUUUUAUUGAUCCCAGAGACUGACCGACAGCUAAUGGGGAGGACUAAAACCCAUCACCCUAAAUCCACUCAGUUUGGGAAUUUAUUUGUUAAAAUGAAUUUGUGCCAUUUUUGUUGUUUAUUUGGCUUUAUGUUAUUUGUUACUGUUUUUUUUAAAUACUGUUAUUAUUAUUACUAUUUUGAUUUGAGUUGAUUCUUUGUGGUCUUGAAUUUUAGAGGCCUUAUGCUGAACCUUUCACGGGAAGGUGAUGUAAAACCUUGUAGUGUGCGUUCAUGUCCUUUUAAAAUGGUACUGUUUGCCUUCUGUGGUAAAUAAGUCACUACUACUUCAGCAAGGUAUUCAGAGACAGAAGGAAUGUGUAGUAUACUGAACAUGCAUGGUGUAAAAAUGCCACCUUAUAGAUGAACGGGACAUCCGAAUGUUUUAGUUUCUUUCGAGCAAAAAUCCUUUGCAGUACUUGAAUAUAGACACACAAGCUGUUUCAAAGGAGGCAGCAGAAAUAUCGCACGAUCUAUUUUGCAACAAAAAAAAGGAUGAAGUGAGCCCAUCAGAGGACUGGGAUUACUGUAUGUCAACACUGUCACAAGAGAGUCACAAUAUGUUGCCCUGAAGUUGACCCCCCCCCCCCACACACACACACACACACACACACUCCCCCCACAUCACAGCACUGCCCCAGGCCAUUACAAACACUUGGAACUUGCUCCAAGAAGUCACAUAUGUUGAAGACAGCUUGUAAACAUUUCACAAGGGAUGUCCACAGAUAGACGAUAAGACAUGAUUGGUGAAAACGAGACUCGAGCGCUCCUCUGUGUCAUCCGUGUUGAAUCUGAUAAGCUGCAUGUAACUCUGGGAUUGUUCCUUAAGAUUGUUGCUUGACUUUUUGCAGGUGUGUUUAAUAACUUCACUACCGGUUCGCUCUCCUGCAAAUGAUUUUCCGAGAUCUUCCUGAAUACACUUUUGUUGUUCUGUUCUGUUCUUAACUGUCAUUCCAGUGGGCCUAGUCCCGGCUAAUGCUAAGGUGGCACCAACAGUGUGAAUGUAUACUUCGUUCAUUUACGGGAGAUAUGUAAAAAGUCUACACAUCCUUCUUUAAAUAGUCACAAAGACUUUCUACCUGUAUUGAUCUGUAAUCUAUAUAACUCAAUUGGGGGGAAAAUGUUUUGAGAGGAUACUUUAAACAACUGAGAUGAUUUAGCAUAUCUGUCAAUAUUCUGUCAAUGUAGUUUUCAGAAUGAAUGUGAUAAUGUUUAAUUAAAUGUGACGGGGUUGUGUUCAUAGA